CGAGAGUAGCAUUCUGUUACUAGCAGACAUUCUAUUCUUCCCCCUCUCAGUUUUCAAAAAUUCUAGGUCUAAUUUUAUGCCCCUUUUCUGAAACUUUCCCCCUCUUUUCCUUCGACCAUGAGCCGCAGCAUUCAGAGCGUUGGAAAAUAGACCAUGGACCCGGACUCUCAUCCAGCUUCGUCUCAACAUAUAUCAAAAAUUGGUCCUCCGGAUAUCCUGAUAGAUGCAGAGGAGAAUAUACAGGGCAUUGUUGCAGCCAGUGAGCGAGGGGAUCUCGAUGCUGUGCAGGCCAGAUUUGCGACAUGCAAGAGCGCUUUGUCCCGAAUUGGGAAAAAUGAACCUGCUAGUGAAGAAGGAGACUUGACUCCGCUCCAUGUUGCCCUGGAAAGGGCAGUGGAACGCAACCAUACACAUAUUGUUUUAUAUCUGCUGGACCAGGGCAUAUCAAUUUACGCAAACGACUUUGUUCUUGCAGCUCAAAAAAGGAGCUUCGUGAUGCUGAAGCUCUUCAUAGAGCAUGGAUGGGAUAUUAAUCAUCCCAUGGGAUGGCGCGAGGGGCCGCCAUUAACGCUGGCACUGAAUGACGAGCCACUUCUGCGCUGGUUUCUCGCCCACGGUGCUGAUCCCAACACCACCAUUUUUGAAGAGGACGAUUUCACGGUACUUUCCCUUGCCGUUGCGCACGGGUCUUUUGCUACCAUAAAAAUACUUUUUGAGCGAGGUGGUGGGGACGUGCACCGCGGCCAAUUGCUCCAUUGCGCCGUGGGGAGAGGCGCGAUGGGGCCACCAGGGGCAAGAAAUGUUGCAUCCACAAAAGCCGUGCCGCGUUCAAUGACAGAAGAUGAAUGCCUACCAGUUAUAGACUAUUUACUCUCUAAAGGGGCAAAUGUCGAUGGCAUCAAAUACCAGAAUGAUGCGAAGACUUUCUUUCAGCACCAAGCAUUUGGCCUAGGAACACCCCUCCAUGUGGCCGCAGAAGUGGGGAACCUCACUGCAGUGGAACAUCUGCUUAUUCGUGGUGCCGACCCGAACGUGAAGAAUACCAGAGGCCAACUUGCUUAUGAAAGGGCUGAAUAUUUUGGGCAUCUGGCCAUCGUCAAGGUUCUGCGGGCAUUGAAGGGGGACGUUGCGGAGAAGAUUGGACCAUACAGCGGCCAUAUUGGACACAAACCAGACGAAGCUCAACACUCUGGAGCCAUAUUCAUCCCUCCAUCUACCUCAUCCAGACUCUUGGUUUUUGCCAAUUUAGCUCUGUUUCCAGUCAUGCUUUGGAUUAUGUCGACUCGGUCGCCGAGCGUCCCAACAUGAAAAAAAUUACUGCGAAAUCCACUGUGUCCUUGAUGUAUUCUAUCAAAUACUUGGGAUGGGCUAGGCUUUGGCCACAACACGGAUAUGAUAAACUCUGGAAAAGACCAACAAAGCUGCCAUGAUCGAAGUAAAAAUUCCUUUAAUGUCCACUUCUUGCGAGCGACAAGCAAGGCCCUAGUGAUAUCGAUGGCUU